AUGGAGAAUAAAUUGAAUCAAAAUAUUGAACAAGAAAAACUCACUAGUGAAGAGUACGCUAGAUACGGGCGUCAGAUGAUAUUGCCUGAAAUUGGUUUGCCUGGUCAACUUGCGUUGAAGAAUUCAUCCGCUUUAAUCAUCGGAGUCGGUGGACUAGGAUGUCCUGCAGCUCAGUACAUAACUGCGGCAGGAAUUGGAACAAUUGGCUUAUUAGACGGCGAUGUUGUAGAUAAAAAUAAUCUUCAUCGUCAAGUUAUUCACUCCACCAGUAAGGAGGGAAUGCCAAAAGCUGAAUCUGCCAAGCAAUUUCUUCAAGACUUAAACCCACACGCGAAAAUACAUACCUAUGUGGAAUAUGCAUCUCCCCAAAACCUAUUUGAAAUUAUUUCAGCCUACGAUAUCGUGCUUGACUGCACAGAUAAUCAGUUUACACGCUAUUUGAUAUCCGAUGUCUGUGUUUGGCACGGAAAGCCUCUUAUUUCAGCUUCAGCCCUUCAAUUUGAAGGACAGCUCUGUAUAUACAAUUACUGCAAUGGUCCUUGUUACCGUUGUAUGUUUCCAAACCCUACACCGGUGGUUACUAGUUGUGCUAAAUCUGGAAUUCUUGGACCCGUUGUUGGUACCAUGGGUACUAUGCAAGCUUUGGAAACGAUUAAGUUGGCAUUGAGUAUGAAAGAAGUAAACAAAGAAGCAUUUGUCCCUUUUAUUCUACUUUUCCAUGCAUUUAAAUUUCCUCAAUGGAAGCAUGUGCGCAUCCGCUCUCGUCAACAGUCUUGUAAAUCUUGCGGUCCCCAUAAAGUCUUAACUCGUUCUUUCAUUGAAUCCUCUCCUUCCGAAUAUGUUACUCUUUGUGACGCUGUUCCCAAAAAAGGUGAAAAGAGUUUGAAUCCCAUAAAGCGAAUCACCCCAAAAGAAUUGUCACAUUUAAUUAGCGAGUCAUCCAGCAUGACAUUCCUAGAUGUUCGCGAACCAGUUCAGUAUGGUAUUUGUAAUCUUCCUUCAUUUAAGAAUGUACCAUUAUCAGAAGUUGAUGCUUUAAAUGAUCUCUCUGGAAGAGUAUGUGUAAUAUGCCGAAGCGGCAAUACGUCUCAGGCUGCAGUCAGAAAGCUUCAAGAAUUGAAUCCUGAUGCUGACAUUUUUGAUGUAAUGUCCGGUUUACAAGGCUGGUCAAAAGAUGUUGACCCUCUAUUCCCGUUGUAUUAA